UCUGACCCAACUAAGUUAAAACAGUACUGUAUCACGUGACUUUACCUCCUAAAAUUUAAAAUAAACUAUUAUUAUUGAAUUCAACGCGUGUAAUCUGAUUUAUUUGCGUGAUUUAAGGUUCCAGCCACUUAGAAUGCUAAAUCCAAGAUGUUAGAAGAAGAAAUUGAUCAUGGCGCUACGCGGAAAAGGCGCAGACGUUCUGUCCGCAACCUCCGUCGAACGUCUGGCAUCAUUUUACUGCCAAAUAUAAAUGAUGAGAUUGAGGCAGCAUUAGAAAAAAUUGAAGUUAAUCAAGAUCAUGAAGCUGAGGCCCCUGAGGUCUAUGGGAGCCUCUGGAUGGAAUGCCAGGCGCCAGUAACAAAAAAACGAAGAAGACGCUCCAACUUUGUCGUGGGACUGCCCUUAGACGAAGACCAUGAAUGCUGCACUGACAGAAACCAAUAUAUGGGUAAUGAGCCGAAGACUGAAUAUUCUGAUAUCCAAAGUCAUGAAAAUGAAGUUGUGGGUAUUUAUUCAGACCAGACUUUUAAUAAAAACCAGGACUUUGAAAGCAGUGGUUAUGAAAGAUCCAAAAUUGAAAGCAAUGCUUGGAACCAAGGUGAAAUAAAUAAGAGUGCUUACAAUGAUGACUAUUAUAAAAGUGCUGAUUUGCAGGCUAUGAAACUUAGAAAUUCUGACAAGGACACCAAUGCUAUUAAUUUGCAACCAAACUCUGGUAUUGAAGAUGAUAGUAUGCUUCCAAAGAUUGUAUCAGCAAUUAAAGAUGUAAGUACCCCUCUGUCUGAGCACAAUUUAUCUCUCACUUCAAAGUUGUCCCCUGCAUCCAUGUCACCAGAUUACCCGAUGUCUCCUGAUAAAUUUGUCGCAGACUUUCACGAAAGCUUUACCUCAGUUUCUGAGAGCAACCAGGAUCUUAACAGCGAGAAUACCAAUGACAACAGUUGGAGAGUAAACUUAAUAGAUUAUGAUAAGGAUAUCAAUCUUUGUAAUGUUUCUGUAAGGUCUGAUUCCAGCUCUGAAAAGGAAAAUACCAGUGUAUUUGAAAGAAAUGCUUUAGAUGUGACUCCUCAAGACACAGGGUUUCCUGAUGAUGUUGGAAGCAACAGAUCGCCUGGAUUUCUCGAACUCUGUAAAACAUUUGCGGGAAAAGUGGUUGAUUUUGUGAAAACUAGUCCCUCGUAUUUGACAGGUACAAUAAAAGAUUCUACAAACUUGCUGAAUGUUGCAACUAAUUCAACUUCUCCCUGUUUGAGCAAAGAAAAACAAGUUUCAAAGAAGAUUGUGGCAUUGAGCAUUGAACAAUCCACGUUGCAACCAUUUAAACUGACAGUUUGCAAUGUUGCAGAAGACCAGGAUACAUUAGCAAAUACAACCAACCAGACAGAAGGUGUUAUUAAUCAGUGUACAACCAUUGACAGGUCAACUUCUGCAGCUUGCUUUGAUAAAUCUCAGAAAAAAGACCACACUGAGUGUCUAAGUAAUGGAAAGAUGAAAAGGACUUCACAGACUUUCUUCAACGCAUUUAAUGCUAUAAGCAGUGCCUUUAACAGGGAACGCUCAUGUAGUGCCAGCAGUUUGCCAGAAAAAUCUCCCGCAGGUGUUGAGAGUCAAGAAAAUAAUACAUCAGAGGAGUGUAAAGAGGAAUCUGGCGUUGAACGAGACAGGGUACAAGAUUCUUUAAAUGAACAGGUUGAGACUUCCUGUGAUUCUCAUGCAACAAGUUUGCUUUUAAAAGAAACUGAGUCAUCAUCAAAAACUACUGUUACUUGUCAGAAAACAGGUUUUGAAUGUGCUGAAAAACCUACCGUUUGCAAUGAGGAGAUUGAAAAUAUGGAGGCCAAAACUUUGGAUCAUGAGCUUACCGCAAAUACACCUAAUGGUCAUGUGCCCACAAAUGAAAAUCUGUUAGAAAGUGGGUCUAACCAAGGGUCUAACCAAAUGGAUAAUGAAGCCCAUCUGAUAAAGCCUUCUUCUAAGAGAAAGCAUAAGAGACGAGCCUUAUCAGUACCACCUGCUUAUUCCAUCCAUGAGAAUGGUGAUUGUCUUGUUUAUCAUGAUGUGCCAAAAUUGUCAGAUUUGUGUGAAAUGACUCUGAAAAUCUAUCCAGAGGGUCCUACCCCGGUGGUUAAAAGUAAAGCUAGAGUUUCCAAAACAAAAGACAACUCACAAAGAAGACGAUCUGGAAGACAUACAGUUAUAAAAAACCUAUGUGAGGAUAACAAGUCUGGGAAAUCCUGUUCUUACACACAGACUUGUACAGAUAUCAAUGAUUUUCAGAUUGCAGUGAUCAGUGAAAGUACUUGUAAAAGUCCUGAAGCCAUCAAUGAAAACAUAAACCGAAAUGCCAAUAGUAUUUGUUCAGAUGAUAAACAAAUAUCUAAAUGUGUCAAAGAUUCAGUCAAGAAGAGAAGGCAACGAUCAUUCAGUGUAGUCAAAGCAUUGGAAGAGAUUUCAGAUGAGGAACAGAUAAAAAUAGAUAGUGCUAGCAAAAGAAAUGUUUGCAGUGACAACCAAGAUGAGGUUGAUGGGUGUUCGGAAAGGUCGGGACUGAGCCAGCAGCUAGAAACAGGGAUUGCUAUGUUGGAUAUUUCGGAAAGACAAAUUCUGGAUUAUCAGAAAACAAUGGAUGAAUCUAUGCCAGCCUGUGAAGAAAACACGAUGAGUGUCAAUUACUUUGACAUCUGUAAUGAACAGAAAGUUCAAAAGCGUCGAGGUAGACCUCCAAAAUCAAGCCUGGUCUCACUUAAUGUUGGAGAAACUGCAUUGACAAGUAUUACUGAAGAGCUUUCGCAAGUGGCCAUUAAAGAAAUUGGUUCCAUCGCUCAGAAUCUGGUUUGUGAAAGCAUACAAAAUGGAAAGAUGCUGACCCCUGAGGACAUCAUAUCUCCAGAUUACCAUUCUGUACCAAGAAAAAGGCGCCGAAGAUCUUCUACUAUGUCACUGAAGAUGAUACAGGACGAAAUGGCUAAUUCCCAUACUGAGAGUAGUGUGACAGAAAAUCAAAGCAGUGAAAUCUCUGCGAAAACACAAACUGAGAAUAGUAUGGCAGAAAAUCAAAGCACUAAGAUCACUGCAAAAACAAAUCGAAAGAGAAAGCAGGAAGAGGUUUCUCCGGAACAGCUGGAACUUCUUUACAGAAACAAGAAUUUUGUGAAACCAGAGGAAAAGAAGUCCUGGCAAACAAUUUUUGAAAGUCCACAUGUGUCUGGGGAAGUGUAUGGGAAAAAGCGCCUUCAGAGACACAUUGAUUUUACACAACCUACGCUUGUUAAAUUGAAGCGACGGGUGCAGAAGGCCAUGAAAAAUGGAUGGGAUCCAAAAAGAAAGAGAAAAACGGAGCUGAAAGAUGAGUAUGUGAGGGAAAAACUGGAUAAAUUCUGGUCUGAAAUGGAGGAAAAUCCAGAAAAUUCUCUGGAAAACAAACUGAAAAAUAUGUUUGCAACACAGUAAAUUGUACGAUAUGUUCUUGUAUAUCCAUGCUUAUCGUCUUGUUUUACCCACGUUCUGAUGUCAUUUAAACGUAGCAAAUUUUAUUUGAUAUGUCAGACAUGUUAAUAUGACUGCAUUAUUCAUAAUGGACAUGUACAUGUUUAAACUUUUUAAAGUCUUAUUUUAAUGAAAAAUGUUCAUGUAUGUAAUUAACAUGAUUUUGUACUAAGUAAGUCUAAUGCCAUUGAGUCUUUUGCAAUGUGACACUGCUAAAAUAAAUGCUGUUUUAAUAACUUUCAAACUUAAGUGUCAUUUUAUAUAUAUAUCUGAAUAAUGUAAAUUUUCCUAAAUUAGUAGUCAGUUCGUUUUUAAAAGCUGUAAUUAUUGUGCCUUUCUGUUUAUGAUUUUGAUAAAACAAUCAUUUGUGAA